CACGUCAUUGAUCUCAUCGCACUCAACCCUUUCUCCCUCCACCCACUCUCUCUCCUCUCCUUCUUCCACUUCCUGCCUUCCCACCACCCUCCCUUCCGCCACACCCUCCUCACUUAUACUUCCAUGGCACUUUCUCUCUCCUAUCACCAUCUUCUCCCUCAAGCUCACUCCCUCCUUUACCUCCUCGUUUCACGAAAGGGUACAAACUCUGCACCCCAAGUAUUCUCUUCUGUGGUCCAAGCUAUGAGGAUUAUCCCUGCACCCCAUUACUCCAAUCACAUAAAUGAUAAUGCCCAUCUUGUGUUUGAUGUUUUGGUAUCUGCUUACGUUGAUUCUGGGUUCGUUUAUGACGCUGUAACGUGUUUGCGGUUGGUUAAGGAGAAUGGUUUCGGGGUUCCGUUUCGUGCUUGUGGGUAUCUUCUUGAUAGAAUGGUGAAGGUGGAACCGAUUGGGUCUUGUUGGAAGCUUUUUUGGGAAGUUUUGGAUUGUGGGUAUCCCGCGAAAGUUUAUAAUUUUAAUGUUUUGAUGCAUGGGUUUUGUAAAAUUGGUGAUGUUGGAAGUGCUAACAAGGUGUUUGAUGAAAUUCCAAAGAGGGGUUUGCGUCCCAGUGUUGUGAGUUUCAACACUUUGAUUGGCGGGUACUGUAAGGUGGGGUGUGUGGAGGAGGGUUUUAGGUUGAAGGGUGUUAUGGAAGAGGAAGGGAUUUCUCCAGACGUGUUCACUUUCAGCACUUUGAUCAAUGGAUUGUGUAAGGAUAGUAGAGUUGAUGAUGCAGGGAUUUUGUUUGCUGAAAUGUGCAAGAAAGGGUUGGUCCCCAAUGGUGUUACUUUUACCACUUUGAUUGAUGGGCAAUGCAAAUAUGGGAAAAUUGAUCUGGCCUUGAAGAAUUUUCAGGUAAUGAUCAAUCAGGGCAUUAGGCCGGACUUGAUCACGUACAAUGCGCUGAUUAAUGGCCUUUGCAGAAUCCGCGAUUUGAAGGAAGCUAAGAAGCUUGUGGAUGAGAUGAGCGAGAGAGAUUUAAAACCCGACAAAAUCACGUUCACAACGCUAAUAGAUGGAUAUUGCAAGGAUGGGGACAUGGAAUCUGCAUUGGAGAUCAAGGAGAGAAUGAUUGAAGGCGGGAUUGAACUUGAUCAGGUAGCUUUUACCGCACUCAUAUCAGGGCUUUGCAGAGAUGGAAGAGCUAAUGAUGCUGAGAAAAUGUUGAGGGAGAUGUUAAAUGCUGGUUUCAAACCGGAUGAUCCGACAUAUGGUAUGAUCAUUGAUUGCUUUUGUAAGAAGGGUGAUGUUAAGAUGGGAUUCAAGUUGCUGAAGGAGAUGCAAAGUGAUGAACAUAUACCAGGAGUUGUCACAUAUAAUGUGUUAUUGAAUGGACUGUGCAAACAGGGUCAGAUGAAAAAUGCGGAAAUGCUAUUGGAUGCAAUGCGUAAUUUAGGGGUGGUUCCUGAUGACAUUACAUUUAACACUUUACUUGACGGUCACAGCAAGCACGGAAGCUCUGAUGAUUUUAACAUAUUCAGUUGUGAGAAAGGACUUGUCACAGAUUAUGCUUCUUAUGCAGCACUUGUUAAUGAAUCAAGUAAAGCUUCAAAAGAUAGGCUAAGGAGGUGAUUGCUGCUAAAAUUGGUUCUAGCUGAACUGCCAUAAUCGGUGGACUUGUCUUUCAAUAAGCAUUGACUGCAUUGUGAUCUAAUCAUGAAUGUGGCGAAUUGCAUACUAAAACGAAGCAAGUGCCUAUUCCCAUACCAGCUAUGGAGCAAACGAGAUACAUUUUGAAAUUAUUCAACCGACCGGAUGGUUCAAGAUGCAUUUGAAACUAUGUUGUUGGAUAGUUCAUGAAUGUGUUAAUGGAUUGCUGCGCAAGAUGCAACACGGCAUAACAGAUUUCCCAGAGUUCUGUCCGAAGCAAUGCAAUCCUGGAAAAACGGGAAGACUUCAAGCAAUAGCAGGAAAAGGUGUUAGAGAUUGGAAAUUUGGAAUUAUAGUUGGGUGCUAUUUGUAAAUUUGUAAUGUCAUCUUUGGUAAGCACUUCUGCUUAAUAAACAAACAAGCUCUAUAGAUCAAUAAACCAUACAUGAACUCGAAAAUUGAGAGAGUCUAUAACUAGGCUUAAUGAAAAGUUGUCA